GUGUGUGGGAGCAAUCGUAAGUCUGACGAGUGGUGAUUCCCUCUGCAAUAGAAGAAGACGUCGCACUCCCACGUCCACAUCCCUCAUUCUCUCCUUCCCUUCUCACCACCACCACCCUCACUUACCUCCCCCUCUCACCCUCUAAUACCCUUCCUCCACAGCCCCACAUCGCCUACACCUGCACCUGGACCUGCUCCCGGCAGAGUUGCCUUUCUCCACCCAUCGCUUCUCACACCUUCGAGCCUCGCACUGGCUAGUGCUGAGCAAUCAACAUGGUCAUCCAGCCAGAGUUGAGCGCCGACGCCAUUGCUCAGGCAAUGGGCACACUCACCCUCGACAGGCAGAGAGAGAUCGAAGAGCAGCACAGGAUCUCUGAGAUUCAGAGCAUUACCCUCCUUGAUCUCGCUGCUCGACCUGAUCAGGGAGGUACUCAAGGCCGCAAAGUCCCUCUCAGGUCCAAUGUCUUUGCACUAUCCCUUGGCAAGAACAAAGGCGUCGCAGGUCCUAAUCGAGGCGGCGCUGCCAUCAAGCAAGGAGCUCGUGGAGCUGGACCAGCAGGCGGAAGACCUCGACCUACACCUUUUGAGAUGACAGUAUACCACUACGACACGGUCAUCGACCCUUAUCGCGACGCGUCCGAUGACGUUCCUCUCACUGGAAAGGCAGCCACUGCUCGCAAUGAGAGGAAGCUACCCAUUACUCUUCUACGAGAGGUGUACGCCCUUGCGCUGAAGGAUGCCGUAGCCGACGCUUCCAAUGUCCUCCAGCAAGAGCACGUCACCUCCAUCGCCUUCGAUGGCAGACGCAACGCAUACACUCCAAAGGCUCUUCCCUUUCAAGGCGAGUUCAGCUGGAUCAUCUCUCUUCCAAAGAAGGAGUCAGCACCUGGAGACACCUCUGAGCGAGAUCCUCGACGCAAGUUCAAGGUCACCAUGCAGCUCGUCAACGAAAUCGACGCUUCGACACUGUCCAAGUUCUGCGCUGCCGACCCAGACAUCAUUCGAGCCACUGGUAUCUCCAUCCCGGAGAUUGUCACUAACAGCAUUCAGGCUCUUCAAGUCCUGCUCUGCCACGACCCCGCAGAAAGGUACAAAGUGCACGGCGCCGGUGGUCGACGCUUCUUCAACCCAGCAAACUCGGUCAACAUUCCAGGUGGAGCAGCCAUCUGGAAAGGAUUCUUCCAAUCCGUUCGACCCACUCAGUCUGGGAUGGUAGUCAACAUCGACGCUGCCUUUGCCGCAUUCCUUCGAUCCGGCAGUCUCAUCGACGUUUCUGCCGCCAUCCUGGGCCUCGAUGGAGGCGGAGGUGGUGGAGGUGGCUUCCGUGGCGGUGGCAGAGGCGGUGACAGAGGAGGUUUCCGAGGUGGAGACCGUGGUGGCCGUGGCGGCUUCCGAGGCCGAGGAGGUCCUCCUAUGGGAGGUGGCUACGGCGGUGGUGGUGGCGGCGGCGGUGGUGGUGGAAGUGCUCUGAGCUCUCUCCGACCAAUGCAGAUGCAAGAGCUACGAAAGCGCUUCAAGAAUGCCAAACUUCGCCCAACGCAUCGUACUACCUCAAAGUUGGAGACCUUCAAGGGCUUCUCCCCUCGACCUGCUCGUGAAGAGACUUUCGAGCAAGACGGCAAGCAGAUUCGAGUCAUCGACUAUCUGAAGACAAAGUACGGCUAUACUGUCAAGUAUCCUGAUCUUCCUCUGGUCGAGCUCAGCGGCGGAGCUAAAGUCCCUAUGGAGUGUCUUGAGGUUCAGCCCAUUGCACUCCCACCUCGCAAGCUCACCCCAGCCAUGACCGCUGCUAUGAUCGACGAGAGUCGUCAGAGGCCUUCUGAGAAGGCCAAGACAGUUCAGAACUGGCGCAACGAGCUCAACUUCGACGCUUCCGCUCGACUCUCGUCUUGGGGAGUCGGCGUCGCUCCUACUCCUGUAGAGGUUGAAGGUCGUGUCCUUCCUCCGCCUCAAGUCUCGUACGGCAAGGGUAGCUCAAAGCCCUCUGUCGCCUCUGGCGGAUGGAACUUGCGUAACGCCAAGUUCUGCGUUCCCGGCAAAGCCCUCACAACUUGGUGCUUGAUCAACUUUACCCGCACGCCACCUCAGGCCUGCGUCGAGUUCGCUCAAAUGUUCACCGCUGCUCUUCGUGAAGUAGGCAUGGUCGUCAACAAGCCUCCACACAUCGAUUCUGCCCCUGGAACGGCGGACAGUGUCAAGGCCACGUUCGAGAGGGCUGGCAAAGCCGCCAAGGUCAUUGCCGGUGGACCUCAGGCACCUCCCCCUCAGCUCUUUGUCUGCCUCGUAGAUGGAGACGCGGACCUCUAUGCUGCCAUUAAGCGCAUCGCAAUCUGCGAGCUUCCAAGUCCCGUCGCUUCUCAGUGUAUGCUGGCCAGAAAGGCCUUGAAUGCCAAAGGUCAAGCGCAGUACGCUGCCAACGUCGCCAUGAAAGUCAAUGUCAAGCUUGGAGGCCACAAUCACGCCGUAGAGAGCCAGAAUGACUUGCCAAGCCUCGGCCCUCAGACGAUGAUCAUGGGCGCCGACUGCUCCCAUGGACCACCUGGCUCUUCACAGCUCUCCAUUGCCGCUUGCGUUGCUACCAUGGAUGGCAAGCGAUCCAAAUACCACGCCGAGCUGCGAGCGCAGCGCCACAGUCGAGGUGGCAAGUCUCAGGAAGCCAUUCUUCAGAUGAAAGAAAUGGCUACUGAGCAUCUCAAGCACUGGGCUGGUGCCAACAAGGGUCAGUUGCCAGCUUCCAUCAUCAUGUUCCGAGAUGGAGUCUCUGAAGGCCAGUGGGCAAUGGCUCGUCAGCAGGAGGCGCAAGCCAUCCAGGAAGCAGUCGCCUCCAUCGAUCCUCGCAAGACGAUUCCUCUGACCUACAUCGUCUGUAUGAAGCGACAUCACAUCCGAUUCAUGGCCAAGAAUGAGGGCGACACCGACCGAUCAGGCAACCUCCCUGCUGGUACCGUAGUCGACACCGACGUCGUCCACCCUUACGGUUUCGAGUUCUUCUUGCAAGCCCAUGCUGGACUCAUCGGAACGGCCAGGCCCACUCGAUACGUCGUCCUGCAGAAUGACGCCAAGUUCACCUCUGAUGCGCUUCAACGAACAAUCAACUCCUUGUCGUACACCUACGCCCGAGCUACGCGAUCAGUCUCUCUGGUCCCCCCUGCCUACUAUGCCGACAUCUUGGCCGAAAAGGGCCGCACGCUCAUGUAUUCUGAUGCAAUGAGCGAGACGGCUACGUCUUACUCGGACUCGACUACCACUGCCUUGCAGAGAGAGUCUGAGCUGGGCGAGCCAGACUCUGGUCAGUUGAUGAGGAGCAUCAACCGCAACAAGGAAUUUGCCAGUACCCAGUGGUACAUGUAGCGACGCAGCGAGCCGUCGUGGCGGCAAGUCUCAAGAGAAGCGAGACCAUAAAGACGAGACAGAGAGAAGAGCCGAAGUAGUCACGAAAGCGAGACACGAGUUUCGAGAGAAGUAGUAGUGAGAAGCAGAAAUCGACUUUCCGAUGUACGCCCCGUUCAGGGUUACCUCCCCUUGUUUUGUUUCCUGUCCCCCCUCUUUACGACUGGCACUUGUUCAAGACCAGGUCCAAGCUCAGGUCGAGCAAGAUGCGAAAUGAUGAUGUUCUUUUUCCCCUUUGACCG